GGUUUAGUCAAAUUUAGACCACGUGACCACGCCGGUGUUCGCCAGUCACUGAACACUCGCCAGUUCGUCUUCAUCCCGUUUGAGGCCAAAACACCUGACGGAGUUCUGAUCAAAAUUCCAAUUUUUGGAGGGAGCCGAUGAGCACUCUGGAAGAUAUCCCAUUUGGAACGCCACUGGGGUCACUGGGGCAGGAUGUGUGCUUGAUGACGCCUCCUGACAUCUCUGUGCCCGACUGUCUUCGGAUAAUGCAGGAAACUCAGUACUGCUUCAAUCUGGAGAAGCUAAUAUUAACAGGCCAGCAUCCCGACGACCAGGCUCCAUCCUGUCCUCCCUACUGGCUGAUGAUCUGCAGUCCUCAUGAGCACUGCGGGACCCCUCACGGGCCCAACGACCCUUGGACCUCCUCCAAACCUUGUCGCCGCAGUCGCAGCUUGAACUCGUCGGACAUCCACUGGUCGCACCAAUGCUCGCUCGGCUUCCACAGAUCCGACUCGGUCGAAGAAGACGGCUACUGCGAGGACAACGAAGGCUCGUCCCCUGAAGACAGUUUUCAGGAGCACACCGCUGGUCGAAAGCGGCCCCGCAGCAACGCCCCCUCCAGGGUCAAAGACGUGCACCUCGGUCUUCCCGCUCUGUGCCGCCGGGCCGAGUUGUUACCGAAUAGUCACAGAGGUGCCUCGGCAUCUGCUGAGCGCAGCGGCACCAUGAAGAGGCAGCGUGCACAGAGUGCUAUGGGCAGAUUGCACCCCCAAAGCAAUUCAUCAGCCGGGGCGCAUCCUGGAAGGCUGCAGCAGCAACGACCCUCCUCCGCUGGCCCCGUCAUCAAAAACCGCAGGCAAAAGGCCUUCAGGACCGGAGGUUUCCUUGAUUCAGCCACGGAGCUCCUGUCCGCUCUCAGCCAAGAAGAGAGGGAGUUGCUGGAGACCGUCACUGACAACGGGUACCAGUUACGUACGGCGAUCUUGGCUCUGCAGAAGACCGGAUACAACAGUCCAGACAAGCUCUUAAAAUACCUGACAGCCUGCAAUCAUCUGUGCGAGUUGGGCUACGAUGAAGCUCAAGUGGAGGAAGCCUUGGAGAUGUUCCAGAAUUGUGAGAGCAAGGCUGCAGAGUUCCUGCUCCUCCUGACUCAGUUCAACGAGAUGGGCUUCCAACAAAGCGCAAUCAAAGAAGUGCUGCUCGUUCAUGAAAAUCAUCGGGAAAGGGCUCUUGAAGAACUCAUGACCCGCAUGACUUGAACGGAACACGUAGCCAACUGGUGUCGGACUGAAGGUUUGAUUUGGCUUUGAAUUUGUCUUUACAUUGAAGUAAUUUUUUUUUUUUUUAAAUUGGAACAAAUCCCUGGUUCAUUUCAAAUGAAAAAAACUCCCUUGACUUUUGAUUCUAAGACUAUUCAGCCAUCUGUAGUGUACGUAAAUAAUGACGUGCAGUGAGGUAAUUUUAAAUUUACUGUAAUGUAUGUUUCAGUCAUAACUAUGAUGUGACCUGUGAUUAAAAAAAAAAGUGACGCUUCUGAUGUAGAGAACUAUCACAUCUGAGAUGACCAGAUUUGAAACCUCUGACGCUAUAAAAAAAACCCCAAACAUAAUAAACAGUAAGACUUC